AAAAAAUUGUUUUGCAUUUUCGGCUAACCAUUUAGCAUUGGACUUUGGAGGAAGCAUCCCUGCCGCGGUCUAGAGGUUUGUUAUUUAAGUCUGAAUUUACUAUGCUUCGUCGCGUUGUUGCAGGCAAGAUAGCGCCGGCUGCGGUCUCGUUAGUUGGCAGCUCACGAAGCUACAAUCUAUUUCUUUUCAAAAAUCCAGAGCGGAGACCACAGCUUACUCCAGAAGAAGCUGCCAAAGUGAAAAUUAACUAUGCCGAUUGGCCGGAAGAAUUUCGUGAUUACGAUCCGGAUGAUCCGUACAAGAAUUCGCCUGAGAUUAUUGAGGGGCUCUCCAGUUGGCAGCUUUUUCUUUGGGGCGUUGAGGUCGCGUUUAUUUAUCAGUUCUACGAAUGCAUAGCCCCGAAGAGUAUUUAAUAUCAUCGUGGGAUUUGGUUGAUGAAUUCAGAAUCUAAGGACUAUAAAUUACUUCUCUGUGGUUGAGUUGCUCAAUGACAGUAAUGUGACAUGGUUUCUUUUUUCUUGCAUUUAGGUUUAAAAAAUAUAGGAAUAUAGUAGCAGAGCUCAAAGUUAGAUCAGCAAAGGUGAGGUUGUUGUGGAAGAAAAAAUAGUAUGAUUAUCGAUGACAGAAAGGUUAGCCAAUACUAUCGAAAACAACAUGAGUA